GUUAGAUGUGACGAACGGUUUAACCAGUGCUCGAGUUCAAGUUUCCUCGACCCUUAACACCAGCUAGACUCAGUGCUCCCACUGGAUUUGCGACCUGCGGACCCAGCGCCUAUUCCAGCCAUAUCUGGCCAGUCGUCUCCGGUUACAGCCACGUCCGUGACCGUCUCCAUGUUGAGGAGCAACACCACCUCCUGUCAUAUUAACUAUCUGCCUGCGGAGAUCCUGCGUGAGAUUUUCGUACUUGGUCUGAGCGAUGGCCCUUCUUCGUCGGAAAGAGAAAGAAUGCAUGCUGUUUCGUUCGUAUGCAGGCAUUGGCGCUUGCUUGCAUUGGAGGAGGCACGACUCUGGUCGGAGAUAUCCAUUUAUUUGAAUCUGAGUGAUGUGUGGUGCGGAGGUUACGACCCACCAAUCUUGCGUGCUAAGCUAAAGCGCGCCGCUUUGCGUCUCUGCCGAUCCAAGGGUGCCCCAUUAACCUUGUCCAUAUCGCUCCAUAGGCUACCCAUAGAGGUCCACGACCACGUCAACCAUUUGGUAUCGCCUCACUACCAUCGCUGUCACCGGCUGAGUAUCGACCUGUAUCAUGAUCAGCAUGACGCAGUUGAUCGUGCAAAGGUUUGGCUGCCGCUGCCCGAUUCAACAUUCGAUCGCCUCGAAGAACUUCGCAUUGCUGUUGGCCAGAGAGCUGAGGGAAAACUUAAUCUUGGUCCUCCUCUCACUUUGCGCCGGCUCGACAUUUCCACGUCCAUGACAAUAUCUCUUCAUCCUGGUUUCAGGAUUACGGACGAGGUGAAGUUGUCGGGACUGGACCCAAAGACAGUUUUCAAAGUGUUGAAACAUUGCUGCGAUGUCAAGAAAAUUAAAAUAUCUUCCUGCCCAGGACUCGAUCCUCUUCUCUCCUCUUUGUCGUUCCCCACUCUCGAAGAACUCACGCUUCAAGCGUGUGCCGAAAUAUGGUACAGUUUCCCCAUCCAAAAUGCGCCAAACCUCAGAUACCUGGAUUGUCCGAGUCUCUACCAUUUAUCGAGAUUGGAGGCACUCGACGCCGGCACACGCAGCGGUAUCAUACGUGCUCUCAACGGUCUCGAGGUGCUAGUGAUACGGGGCUUGAGUUUUGAUGCCUGUGAUAGUGCCUUUAUACGUUUCGAGAACCUUAGGAUGAUGCGAGUAGACUGGGUCGAUGAUGAUUUCAUUCACCUCCUUAGUUUGGCUCCCGAAUUCCCGCCGUCCCAUAAUGGAGAACCACCCACUGGACCAGCAGUGCACUUUUCCUUCCCUGCAUUACAACUUCUUAUUGUCCGUGGUCAUCAAUAUCACAAGUGGUGUCAACUGUUGCUCGAAGUGGUUCGGGCCCGUCCGAUGCUGAAUCUGGUCUUCGGGUCUGGCUUCUGCCCACCAGAAUUUGAUCUAGUACGGGGAAGGGUGCACUUCGUUGAAAACAUAUGGUGGAUAAAUGACAACGAGCUCUUCGCGCGUUUCUUGGGCUGAUUUUAGGUCCGCCUUUCGUGCUGGCUGGAAGAUCGGUCAUACUUAUGUUCCCGACACUAAAUCAUGUGCUCCAUAAAAGCUGUUCUCAUCCUGGAACUGUAAUGGCCUGGCCGACGGCGUCAUGGUGAAGCAUAGCUCAUGGUGGUUACAUUAUAUAUUCAGUGAUUCUACACUACCAAAUGUGUCCCCACCUAAAUACUAUCAUGGCAGACUCAGAAAUAGACAAAUCGGUGCAACUGAUGACAAGUCGGGGAUCAGAAACUGCACAAAGAGAUUUGUGCAUGUGUUGAGUCGAUGCGAAGCUGAACAUCGAUCGGCUCUCGGCUCAAAAAGAAACCAAACAAACUUCUCAAGCAUUAGAGUGGAGUCAAGUAUGGUUUCCCCGUCAUUUCCGUCGUCGGAUAACGAGAGUUAAAUUUCCAUUGCUGGGAUCACAC